AUGCACAUUAAUGCCGCAACCACCACAAUGUUUGAAUGGAAGAUUACAAUCUUUGUCCUCCUGGUGUUUGUCACCAUCGUGCUUAUCGUUCUGGUGAUGAUUGUAAUAAUGUUUGUGUAAAAAAUCGAAGAAAGAGCCUGUGUCUUCGUGUUUUUCAGUGUGGUGAAAAUAAUGUGUGAAUACCGCAGGAAUCUUUAUCAAUUCCUCAGCGAAAGCAUUGCUGCUUACGAUUUGAAAUAAUAAAAAUAUGACCACAAAUUUUUUCACUCUAUCAAAGGUACAAAAUAAAUAAUUAGUUGA